CUUUCCAGCUGGAGUCCUAGGGCGCUGACUGCUCCCCGGUUUCCGUAGGGAAGCGCCGGGCUACCUCAGCUAUUGUGCGUCGCCCUGUCGCCCUCCUCCUCCCGCUUCGGUGCCCAUGGAGGAAGGCUACGUUUCAUUACCGCUCGGACUUAACCCUUUCGCUGCCUAACCCGACAGGAGGGCGGCUCCCUCGGACUGGGCAGAAGUCCCAGAAAGCCGCCUGGCUGUGGUAAAGAAGCCCUGAGAAACAUGGGGCAUCCCCCGCUGGAGUUCAGCGACUGCUACCUGGACAGCCCCGAUUUCCGUGAGAGGCUCAAGUGUUAUGAGCAGGAGCUUGAGAGGACCAAUAAAUUCAUCAAAGACGUGAUCAAAGACGGCAAUGCGCUUAUCAGUGCUAUGAGAAGUUACUCCUCUGCUGUUCAGAAAUUUUCCCAGACAUUGCAGUCAUUUCAAUUUAAUUUUAUCGGAGACACUCUUACUGAUGAUGAGAUUAACAUUGCUGAAUCCUUCAAAGAGUUUGCUGAGUUGCUCAAUGAAGUAGAAAAUGAGAGGAUGAUGAUGGUCCAAAAUGCUAGUGAUUUGCUGAUCAAACCCUUGGAAAAUUUUCGGAAGGAGCAAAUAGGUUUCACAAAGGAGCGGAAAAAGAAAUUUGAAAAGGAUGGUGAGAAGUUUUAUUCUCUAUUGGACCGGCACUUGCAUUUGUCAUCUAAAAAGAAAGAAUCUCAGUUACAAGAGGCAGACCUACAGGUGGAUAAAGAGAGACACAAUUUCUUCGAGUCUUCCCUUGAUUAUGUUUAUCAAAUCCAGGAAGUUCAGGAGUCUAAGAAGUUCAAUAUUGUGGAGCCAGUCUUGGCCUUUCUUCAUAGCCUCUUCAUUUCCAACAGCUUGACUGUGGAGCUCACACAGGAUUUCCUUCCAUACAAACAGCAGCUCCAGCUCAGUUUGCAGAAUACAAGAAAUCAUUUCUCCAGUACCCGAGAAGAGAUGGAAGAACUUAAGAAAAGGAUGAAAGAAGCUCCCCAGACAUGCAAGCUUCCAGGACAGCCAACCAUUGAAGGCUAUCUUUAUACCCAAGAGAAAUGGGCUUUGGGAAUAUCCUGGGUGAAGUACUAUUGCCGAUAUGAAAAAGAAACUAAAACGCUCACCAUGACACCUAUGGAACAGAAGCCAGGUGCUAAGCAGGGGCCCGUGGACUUAACCCUGAAGUACUGUGUGAGAAGGAAGACAGAGUCUAUCGACAAGAGGUUCUGUUUUGAUAUAGAAACUAAUGAAAGUUUUUUCUUCAGGCCCGGAACCAUCACUCUGCAGGCUCUUUCAGAAGCUAACAGAAGGCUAUGGAUGGAAGCCAUGGAUGGGAAGGAACCUAUAUACCACAGCCCCAUAACAAAACAGGAAGAAAUGGAGCUGAAUGAAGUGGGUUUCAAGUUUGUUAGGAAGUGCAUUAAUAUCAUUGAGACCAAAGGGAUCAAGACAGAAGGGUUAUACCGCACUGUGGGUAGCAAUAUUCAAGUUCAGAAGCUACUGAAUGCCUUUUUUGAUCCCAAAUGCCCAGGAGAUGUUGAUUUUCAUAAUAGUGACUGGGACAUUAAGACAAUCACCAGCUCCUUGAAAUUCUACCUCAGGAAUCUCUCUGAACCUGUCAUGACCUACAAGCUUCAUAAAGAGCUGGUCUCUGCUGCCAAAUCAGACAACCUGGAUUACCGCCUGGGAGCUAUUCAUUCCCUAGUAUACAAGCUACCAGAAAAGAACCGUGAAAUGCUGGAACUUCUGAUAAGACAUUUGGUCAACGUUUGUGAACAUAGCAAAGAGAAUCUUAUGACCCCAUCCAACAUGGGAGUGAUAUUUGGGCCCACCUUGAUGCGUGCUCAAGAGGAUACUGUGGCUGCUAUGAUGAACAUCAAGUUUCAGAACAUCGUGGUAGAAAUCCUAAUUGAGCACUUUGGCAAGAUUUAUUCAGGUCCACCUGAGGAAAGUGCUGCACCCCCAGUGCCUCCACCUCGAGUGGCAGCAAGAAGGCACAAACCAAUCACAAUUUCGAAGCGUUUGUUGCGAGAAAGGACCAUAUUCUAUACUUCUUCCAUGGAUGAAAGUGAAGAUGAGAUCCAACAUCACACACCCAAUGGUACUAUCACUAGCAGCCUAGAACCCCCCAAAUUGCCACAACACCUCAAACUACCCAUGCCGAGGAGUGGGGAAGCUGAUCCUGGGAGGAAGUCUCCAAGCAGACCUGUUUCAGAUGACAAAUUGGAUCCUUGCCCUGAGGUGGAUGUGGGGAAGUUGUUGUCUAGGCUACACGAUGGAGGGACCAAAGCCACCCCCAAAACCACCAAUGGACCUGUGCCUGGUUCUGGGCCUAUGAAGACCCCCUCUUUGCACAUAAAGAGACAAGCUCCCCGGCCUCUCGCUCAACACAAGGAGGGGGAUGCUGACAGUUUCAGCAAAGUGCGACCUCCAGGAGAAAAGCCAACCAUCAUCCGCCCUCCAGUGAGGCCCCCAGACCCUCCUUGCCGGGCAGCAACUCCCCAAAAGCCUGAACCAAAACCAGAAAUUGUGGUUGGCAAUGCAGGGGAUGUCUCAUCAUCUGUGGUGGCCUCCAGGACCAGGUUCUUUGAAACAGCUUCCCGGAAAACAGGAAGUUCUCAAGGCAGACUUCCUGGAGAUGAAAGUUGAGGCCACAGGUUUUAAAAUCCUUGGCCUUGGGGGACUCUUUCCAUGUUCUGAAAGGGUCUACUUCAAACCUCUUCUGCUAAAUCAUUUUGUGCUAAAGAGCAGCUCCUUCCUGGCCUUUUACCUUCAGGCUCUGAGAAUUCAUAAAAUAAGGAGCACAUCUCCCAGAUACAUGUUUAUUUCUCCUUUGUAUUCUGUUUCCAUCCAUUCGGAAGGUCUAUAUUGAGCUCCUGUUGCACUGUGAAAUGGCUGGACUCUCUCAAGGCCCGGACUCUGCCAAAACCAAGAUAUCCACUGAUGAAUCAAACAGGGGAGCCUGGUUUUCAACUCUUUCUGAAAUUCCUGCUUCCUCAAAAGGACAUUGAACUUGGAAAGAAUCAGGGCUAGAGCUCCAUCUCAGCAGUGUUUCACUGAACUAAAGACCACUUGAGUUGGGGUCAUUGCUUACCUUGUUUGGCCGAGGGGAGUAGGAAUAUUUGCUAAACAUUGGAGAAUCUUAUCACGUCUCUUACUUAGGAUAUGGACACUGGUGCCAAGUUGGCACUCUGAUGCUGCAGCACAUUGCCAAGAACUUGUUUUCUCCUGUGGUGUUAGAUGGCAUGGGUGAUGCCCCCAUAGGAUCCUCCUCCCAUGUGAACUCAAGAAGGUGGCCUACCUGCUCUUGUAGACAGCCACUUAGGACAAGUCUGCAAAGCAUAUUUUGUAUAUCAAAGUCUAGGUCUAUUUGGAUUAUUGUUCCUCUCAUCUUCACCUUCACCUGAUAGCGUCUUUUCUAAGCAAUCAAGAAGAACAAAAACAAAAUUGGAAAAUGUUUCUUUAAAGAAAACAGACUGUGUUUGUCUUGUAGACGUUCCAUUAUUGGGUCAAAUGUUAGGAAAAAUUAAGAUGAGUUGAGGUGCAGCAGAUAUCAUUAUAGUUUCAUUUUGUCUUCUGCUCAUAGGCUCUUUUUUUAUCUUAAAAAAACAGUUCUUAACCCAGUGCCCAUGGAUUCAAGAACUCCAUCAUGCCCCUGAGAUGAUACAUAUAAUCCCAUGACAGUAUGCCUUUUCUAGGCAAAUGAAUUUCCAAUGAGCCUGAGACCCAAUAAAGGUUAAGAAUCAUAACCCCUGAGAUAAAGACUCUUUUUAGUACCCAUAAAGUACUUUCUUAGAAGGGGCUUUAAAAGGAACUUAGUCCACUAUCCCAGUUUACUGCAGAGAAAGUUAGUAGCCACAGCAGAACAAGAUCCCAGGUCUCCAGGCUCCUAAGCAAAAUUGUUUCCAUUACACCACACUUACAUAGCAAAGAUCCUUAUGUUUGGUGACUUUAAUCAUUAUUUUGAGGAUUUGGCUUUUACCAUCUUUAUUGAGUCCCACAUAUUUCCCAUCAAUUUACUAUCUCAAUCACUGGAAGGGACUAAAUAAAAACCAGUGCAGUGGGUCAGAAAACUAAGGAAUAGAUCUUUCUGGAUCUGUUAAAGGGAACCUGCUAACAUAUCAAAGUUUGUAUUCCCUUACAGACACCUAUCUUUAGGGUUUGUGUAACUAUAAUGUGGUCCAGUAUGAGAGCUUUCCAACUUGCUGUGUUCUAGCAAGGCCCUGCUAUUUCGUUUGUGAAGUGGAGGAAGAAGCACAUAUGUCUAAACCUACAUGCCUUUGGAACAGUGCUACUGAAAGGAGGUAGUCACUUUUUAGACUGAACAACAAAAAUGUUUUAUUCAUGAAUGAGGAACAUGUCUAAACACAGUGAAAGCCUUUAUGAAUGUAAUUAAGUAGAGACUUGAAACCAUUUUAAAUCGUGGCCACAGUGAACUCUCUACCCAGUCUCAAAGGCUAUGUUGCUAAGAAAUCAGGAGCAAGAGAGCCAAGUGGUCAUUAUUCCAUCUUCUACUUACCCCCAAAAGUAGUCUCUGUGAAGCUUGCUGCCCUCUUGUUGAGUCCUAAUUAGUGACCUGUUAUUAUGACGGACUAAAGUAGGUAGUUGUGCAGAAUUUGGCCAUGCAGAUGGUAGAGACAUGGUUUGACUGGUUUUUCUUGAGAGAAAAUGCCACAGUCAUCACUACACAUACUGGAAAAUUAUUGAAAGGCAUAGAAAUGCAUUGCAAUUCUAGUGGAAAAGGUAUCCAGAAACUUGACAAGGAAAUUGCUGUGUUGCCAGGAACACAGAUAAAGAGCCUAGCCUGGUGAGAUAUGGACCACUAGUCUCACUGAAAGCCAGAGAAUAGUAACUGGCUAGCUCUACCCCUGCUCUGGGCUAUCCCCAAAGAAUGUACCACAGUGUCUCCUAUUGGCCCUCAGAUUUAAAGAGCAAAAGCUUCUUUGGAGAGGCAGGAUAUUUUUGGAUGAGACUGGCUUGGCCUAGGCUUGACAGAUGGUCAUUCAGAACAGGUUAUAGCAGGAAGAUGGUAAUAAGAGAGUGGCUGCUAUAGGAAAUUAUCAGCAACCUUAGCCAGUAGUUUAGAGAAACUGGCAAUGGAUGGACUAUAGCUCUUGAACUGGCAAUGAUAAUAAAGAAGCUAACACUUAUUAAAUACCUACUAAGUGGUAGAUGUUUCCUAUAUAUUAUUUUAUUUCAUCCUUAUAACAAUCACGCAAAUACUCAUUUAAUUUUACAAAUAAAGGAAUUACAGCUCAGUGGGCUUAAGUAACAUGCUCAAGGGUACAUAGAUAGUAAAAAAUAGAGCAAUGAUUUGGAUCCAGGAAUCUCUGACUCUGUACCCCAUGCUAUUUUCUCUUUGUCACAGUGAGGUAGCUUUUGAGCAGAGGCCACAUUACUGGAUCUGGCAGGACUAUUUAUGCCUGCCUGCUUAACAAAAUAUUAAAAAGUAAGCAUGUGAGGGAGGGAGGAGAUUCAAGUCCAUUACAGGGGGAUGAAAACUGGGCUGAAAGAUAAUCCCAAGUAGGGCUUUCUCUUCACCUUCAGUUUACCUAUUUGGUAAUGAUUUCCUAAAAAGCCUACUUAAUUUACAAAGGCAAACGGUCCUUAUAACGUCUUUGUAUUUCACAACUACUCUGCCAAGGUUUUAGCAUGUACAACUUCAGUCCAGGAGAUUAGUGACCCCCAAUAAUGUAGUUUGAGAAGCAGAAAAAGGUUUUGUGCCUCUUUGAUAUUUGAUGACUUGGACUCAUAGCCCUACAAAGCUUUUCUGUGGUGACAGAAAAUAUCAGGAGAUGGUUUAAAAAAGAAAUACUGAAUUUUUAUUUUUGAGGUUGAAAAUGCAUGGAGGAUGUACAGCCACUGAGAGGCAAAACUAGGCAUUCAGAUUCAAUAGUAAAGUGCUGUCACGUAAGUAUUUUAAAAAUACUAUCAUGGGGAAUUUGCCAUCCAUUUUCAAGAAGUUCCUUGAUUCUGUAAUAACAAGAACAAAUAAAGUAAUAGAAGUAGUUCUGUGACUAGAAAAAGGUUUGAGAGAAUAUAGAUCAAUGAUGUUAUUAUUUAAGUAGCCACAGACAAGUGGCCUUGACACAUUAGAAGCCCACAAAAACUUUCAGAAACAAAAAGUUGCAGAGAGGAACAAGAUAACUUAAGAUGUUUUUAAUGACGAAGAGUCAUUUUCACUGAAAAAUGAAGCAAUUGAUGCCAAGGACAUUAAUAGAGAACUUGAAAGACUGCCUAUGUGAAGCAUAUGUGUGAAAUUAGAAAAUAUUAUAUAGUGGGGCCUAUUCGUAUGACUUUCAAUAAAGUAUACAGACUGUAUAGAGUAAAUGGCCUUCAUGUGCAAUUUUAUCAUGGAAAUAGUCUUUGAGUAUUUCAGGCACAAUGGUACAGCUACUGCUCACAUUGUCUUUUACAAAUCUAAGAAGACCUAGGCACAGAAUUCUUUCUGAACCUAAGAAGCUCAAUCUGCUGAAUGCAGUUUGUAUAAUGGCCUUGUCAUUCCCUCAGGCCUCACGACAUUGCUGUGCAAUGCUAACACUCCUAUGUUACAGAUAAGGAAGGUUGAGGUUCAGAGAGGUAAGAAAUGAUUGCCCAAAUUUACACACUAGGAAUGGAUAAAAAAGUAUGACUGGAAGCUACAGAGGGCUUUCUACUGCCCUUUAUGGUAGUAGAGAAAAUGAAUCCCAAAGAUAAAGGAGAAUAUGCCUAGAAAUAGGACUGAUGAAAACAUCUGCAAGUCUUACUACUCAAAAUGUGGUCUGAGCAUCAGCAUUACCUGGGAAUUUCUUAGAAAUACACAUUCUCAGGACCUAACCUAGACAUCUAGAAUUAAAGUCUU